UCCUCUCUACCAGGCAACACCGUGAACUAUCCGUGAGCGCACCGGCAUCCGGAUCCUCUCGCUACAUCCAUCUACUACAUUCUCCCCCUUCGUCCCUGGACACCGAUCAUGGCUGCACCAGGAAAAGGCGCUGGGCGCGUGCCUACUGGAUUUGCUGCCGAAACGUUCAUCAGCGACCACACAUUUCGCCAAGGGCACCGAGCAACAGAAGGGGGGCAGAACUCCAAGAAGAGAAAGCGGGAAGGCAAGGGCGACACGAGUGUGGUAGUUGGCGCAGGCGCAUAUAAGGGCCCGUGGGCGCGGUACGAGGAAGAAAGGCCUGAUGCGGCCUCUGAUGAUGAGUUCGGCAGCGAUGAAGAGGUGGAAAUCAUAUACGAGGAGGACGAUAUCGAAGAAAAUCCAACGGCGGCGCCGAAGAAGCUGGCUGGCACCGACUAUCACGACACCGAGGCCGAGGGUGAAACGACAGAGUUCAAGGGCAGUCAGCAAUACGACUAUCAGGGCCGAUCUUAUAUGCACAUUCCGAAUGACCUGGUUAUCAAGCUUACCGGAGAGUACGAACCCAAGAACUUCAUACCGAAGAAGCUUGUGCACACAUACAAGUACCAUACCAAAUCUAUAACACAAGUACGGUUCUUCCCAGACAGUGGCCAUCUUCUUCUGUCUGCUUCGGCAGACUCUAAGAUUGCCCUCUGGGACACGUACCAUAAGCGAGAGCUCCUACGAACCUACUCCGGCCACACGAAGUCUGUCAAUGAUAUUGACUUCAACCCUGAUGGAUCGCAGUUCAUCUCUGCAAGUUAUGAUCGCUUUAUGAAGCUGUGGGACACGGAGACUGGAAAGUGUUUGAACAAAUUCACUACCGGGAAGACGCCUCACGUCGUGCGCAUCAACCCCAGCACCCCGCACGAGUUCCUUGCCGGUAUGAGCGACAAGAAGAUCAUGCAGUACGACACAAGAAGCGGCGAGAUGGUGCAGGAGUACGACCACCACCUUGGCCCUGUCAACACGAUCACCUUCUGCGACGAGAACCGCCGCUUUGUUACGACAUCAGACGACAAGUCGCUCCGAGCAUGGGAGUACGGCAUUCCGGUGCCUAUCAAGUUCAUCGCAGAGCCCUAUAUGUUCUCCAUGGUCCGCGCGGCGCCUCACCCCUCUGGCAAAUAUGCUGCGUUCCAAUCGUCAGACAACCAAAUCACCGUCUACUCCACAACCGACAAAUUCCGCCAGAACCGCAAGAAGAGCUACCGCGGUCACAACGUGGCUGGUUAUGCUCCGGACGUGGCAAUCAGUCCUGACGGUCAAUUUGUCAGUUCAGGAGACAGCGGCGGUUAUGUAUGCUUCUGGGACUGGAAGACGUGCAAGAUGUGGCAUAAGAUCCAGGCCAGUGACGCGCCUGUUCUGGCGGUGCAAUGGCAUCCUCGCGAGACCUCCAAGGUCGUCACUGGUGACUUGAACGGUGUGCUGAAGUACUGGGAUUAGAGCGUCGGAGAAAGUGCAAACCAGCACGUGGAUUAGCAUAGA